AUGAGCGCUCGCAGCGCAGUGAUCAGUCUGUUGACCGUGGCACGCAUCAGAGAGAUCUGCACUCACGCCAAUUUCAACGUUCCUGCGACGGGGCCACAGCGAACGCGCAAGAAAAUGGAUAUCAUCGACUACAUUGUCAGCCAUGCACCUCCCGAUGUACUUGACGAGCUAUGCUCAGCAGGAAAGCAACGAGAGGAGGAGAGGGAGGAGCAGAUGAAGGGGAAAAAACGGACUACUCAGCGCCUGCGUAGGGAGGCCAGGAAGCGUGCACGCUCGGGCUCGCCUGUAGUUCAAAGCCACGACGUCACGCGAUUCCUUGAGCUACCGUCGGAGGACGACGUGAAGGCGUGUUACCGGAAGAUCCUAGAGGCGACUUCGAACAAAGCGCUCGAGAACUGGGUGUGCGCCAUCUGCGCUCGGGAGCGAGAUCAUCUGGACGAGAACUGCACCUGCAGCAUCAUCGCAUUGGAUCAGCUUCCUCGGUCGGAGCGUCUGCGACCUCUGCACGCCAAUGUAGCGCACGAUAUCUACGACGGGUGCCUUCUCGAGCCGACCGGACUGCGGCCCAAGACGGUUGGUGCUGGGGCGCCGGACACCCUGCAGCGCGGCAUGCGAGGGAACGUGAGCUCGUAUAGACUCGAUCUGAAUGGCGUCGUCGAGAUGGUGGAGGGUGACAUGCUUCCGCGCCAUCCGUCGAUCCUCCCUGCUGUGCUGAGCAUCACCAUGGUUGGGGUUGGUCCUCUUCCAAAGAAUUGGAUGCAUGCGACAUUCAAAGACAUCGGCAACAAGUACUUUCGUGACAUUGCCAUUAGCGAUGACCGGCUGGCGCUUCUUCCCGAGGACGGCGUUCCUGAGGAGCUUAGUGCUUGCGUGAGACACAAUCCAGAUGCGGAGGUAUUGGAGGAGGAGCACGGAGGAUACGUGCCUCAGGACGAUGACGAGAAACCUAGCAGUGACAACGUGGGUGCUGCACACGGCGGGGCGCCUCCUCUGGGAGACGAUGCUGUUGUUCAACUGGCUAACGAACCGGACGUCAUACCCUUCGAGAUUUCGGGCUCUAUGGACAGCGACAUGACGGGUUUAACCGCUGCGGAGAUCUUGCUGCACGCUCUAGCGAAUCUAUGGAAGGACGGCGAAGAGGGCGGCUAUCUCGUGCGAUACGGGGGAGGGCCUGUGAGCGACUUCGGUACUAUGUCUCGCAGCAGGCAGGCUGGUGCCGAGGGAGACGCAGGCCAGUCUGCGAAGUGGUGGGAGGAGGAGAACUUCUUUGAGAAGGCCUUCGUCAUCCUGUUUCCCUAUGGCGUCGGCGGCAUCGAGGCGAGUCGCCCCGUGCGGGUCAGCUUUCGCGAGCACAUCCGCUGGUGCCUGCGAUAUCACGACAUGCGCUUUCGGCGACACGAGACGUACCCAUUCGUGUGCUUCGGCAUCCAGCAGCGGCGGGAGGCUCUCGGGUCAGCGCGGCUUCAGAUGCAGCAGAAGACGUUCGAGAGGGACUCGAAGAUCAUCCUCAGCCUGACAAAAAGUCAGCUCGACAAGGCCAUCAAGGAGGAGCAGCGAGGCGUACCCAUCUCGGACCCGGCCGUUCGUCUCCUACGCAGUCACGUCCACUCAGUCGCAGGAAGAGUGACGGGGACAGACGCGCAGCGCUUUCGCUUGCGAAGUCAGAUCUGGAGCACGGCCAUUAUAUUUGGUCCGCCAGCUCUGUGGAUCACCAUCAACCCGUGCGACAUGCACGAUCCGAUUCUGCAGGUCUUUGCGCACGAGGAGAUUGACAUGGAUAACUUCGUGGCGACCGCAGGGCCGGACAAGGACGCGCGCGCGAGGAAUGUUGCGCAGGAUCCCUACGCGGCCGCGAAGUUCUUCCACUUCAUGAUACGCCUCAUACUCCGCGUGUUGUUCGGCAUCCACGUCACGAACUUCAAGACCGUCAGCAACAUGGCUAUCCUGGGUCGGGUGGCUGCUUACCUUGGGACGGUGGAGUCGCAAGGACGGGGAACACUUCACCUUCACACCCUCGUCUUCCUGCAAAACUCUCCGACCUCUGACGAGCUGCACGAGCUGCUGAAGCAGUCCGACUUUCGAGACCGUAUCAUCGCGUAUAUCCGCGCCAACAUACGCGCAUACCUGCCCGGUCUUGAGAGCGCCGAUGCUGUGAAGCGGAUUCCACGCGAGCCCGAGAUAGCAUACUCGCGACCGCCCAACCCUGAGGAGGCGGAUUUUGCUGCGCAGAAGACAUCAAUGGAGUUAAGAGUCGCCCGAAUGCAGCAGAUACACACCUGUCGUCCGCGAGCGUGUCUUGUUGUCGACAAGAGCGGCCGUGUACGAUGCAAGCGUCACGCUCCUUUCGACAUCAACCUCUCGGACUUCAUUGACGAACUUGGACACUGGGGACCGAAGCGUCUGUACGCGUUCGUGAAUGGCUUCAUCCCUGACGUCCUGACGAUCAGUCGGUCGAACAUGGAUGCGAAGUUCCUCACGAAUGGCGAGGACACAAAGAACCUUACAUUCUAUAUCGCGGGUUACGCGACCAAAGGACAGCCUCGCACGCACUCCACCUCCGCUGUCAUGGCCGACACAUAUGCCUACCACGCGCAGAAGAACGACUAUGUUGAUUCUUUGCGAGAUCGCAGUCGCCUCCUGAUGUUCCGCCUGGUCCACAGCAUCAAUCGUGAGCAGGAGCUCGCAGGACCCAUGGUCCUGUCGUACCUGAUGGGAUGGGGCGACGUGUACCGCUCCCACCACUAUACCCCCAUCUACUGGACAGCCUUUGUCCGCCACCUCUUUGACGUGUUCCCUCGACUGAAAAGGAAGCGGAUGAUGGGGAGGAAGGGAAUGAUGAGGAGGAAGCGGAUGAUGGGGAGGAGGCGAGCCAGUCAAAGCCAAUAUCAGGAUUGGAGGUGA